AUGGAAGAUCAGAUUGUGCCAUCAGCUGACUCAGAUGCGAGGAGAACCAAUAAUGUCAGCUUAUCAAACAUCACUAACGUUACAAUAACCACAAACUCAGGAGAUCAUAAGCCAUGGGAUCCAUUGGCAGAAAGCCUGAUUGAACAAACCAAACGCCUUAUGGACCAACAACUCGGACCGCCAUGCUACACAGAGUUACCUGUCUUGGAUGACGUCAUCAAGCGUAUAUUGGAGACAGGGUUGGCUGUAAUAAUAGGGAAGGCAGGGCAAGGAAAAACAAUACUAGGUCUCUCUGUGUUACGCCACUUCCAUGAAGUUUGUAAAAUGACCCCAAUAAAAUUAUGGAAUUCAAAAUCAGACGAAAUGCAUAAAAUCUUGAUGACAGAAGAAAAAUGUAUCAUUUUAUUGGAUGAUAUUUUUGGAAGUUUCGGUUUUGAAAUGAAUCUCUUUGAAAGUUGGCGACAAAGAUUCGAGGAGUUAUACCUGUAUAAGGGGUUUGGGAAUCCAGACAUGAGGAGUGUUUUCAUUGUUAUUACCUCGAGAAAUAAUAUUUACUCCGAAAGUCUGAGAUUUCUACGGUCCUCCAAAUUCAGUCAACACAACAUUUUUACAGACAGAUAUGUGGUCAAUUUAGCAAUGGACUAUAAAAUAGAUAGACUUUCCAAAAUAGAAAUGUUGGAUAAUUAUUCGAAUUGUUACAAAAAAUGUCUUUCAAAAAACCUGAAAAAUAAGAUUGGAAAUACGGACACACCGUUAGGUUUUCCCCAUCUUUGCAAAUUGUUUUUCUCACAUGAAAACUUUUUUCGAAACGGUUUGAAUUUUUUCACUCAUCCUUAUGAAAUACUAAUGGGAUACAUUGAGGAAAUGUUUGACUUUCAUUUUGAUAGAUUUGUGACUCUUUGUGUGGUGUUGUUGUUUUCAAAAGACUCUUGUUUUCCAAGUCACCAUUUGUUAAACAAAACCGACGCUUUGCACGAAAUGUUAGGGAAAUUUGGAUCAAGUGCACCUGAUCUGGAAAGGCUGCGGAAAAAUCUUAAACUCCUGCAAGGGGUAUUUCUCUCCUUCAGUACAUCCUCAUCAGUAUACGAAUUUUCGCACACUUCGGUUCGAGAAACUGUUUUCAUAGUCGCAGGAAGAAAAUUCCUCGAAGUUGUUUUAUGUAAAUGUGGAAAUACAGAUUUAGAUCUAGUAUGGUGCGACUUUUUAGGAAAUGACGAAAAAACAGAUAUACGGAGCAAACUGAUUUUGAGAACAGAACAGUGUGCAAUACUUUAUUCUAGAAUUUAUACAGAAAUAACUCAAAACCCUUAUGAAACCAUCAACUUGAAAAUCAUGCAACAAAAUCGUUUUGUCAAAAACCUUUUGCAACAUUUCAAUAAAGCUUCAUGUCUCCAAAGCUUAAUUUCCAGACGGUACAAUUUUUCCGAUGCAGCCAGACUGGUUUCACAGUGCUCGGUUGACAUUGGAGACCAUUCACCAUCUCUUGUCUUCUUCAGCUACAGAAAUCCCGCGUUUUUAUCUCAAAUCAUACAAUCUUAUGAUCCAAACAAUGCCUGGUUUCGACGCGAAAGAAAGUUUACGCUUGCUCUGGCGAUGAACUCGGACUGUCCACAAGUUGUAGAGAUCAUACUACACUACGGUGCUGUUCACUACAUAUCGGAACAUCCUUUGACACAGUCUGAACAAACUGGAAUUCAUCCGAAGAUGUCCAAUGAUAACUUGACUCAAAUCGACGUAUCAUCUUUUGAACUUGUGGAAUAUCUAACAAGUGAAUCGCAUGUUUUAAUCCCAAAGCAAAGACGACAUACCGGAACUAUAGAUGAAAAACUUUCGGCAUAUUUAGAAAAAUUGCGGAUUUUUCAGCAAUGGGAUUCAGAAAUGAAAGAGAAUGCCUUUAAACAAGCAUGUAUUCGAGAUAAUGUUAACGUUUUUAAGUUCAUUCUGCAGAAAAGCGAUGUGUCAUUUACGGAAGCACAUCUUCACCUUCUCAUAGAAACGGGAGCUGGCUCAAAUAGGAUUUUAGAGUAUGUUUUGAUAAAUCUUUUAACUGAGGAACAGAAAAUUGAGGCUCUCAGAUUGACCUGUCGCCAUGGACAUGCUCAAAAAGCCCAGUUACUAAUAGCUGACGGAAUCCAUGUUGAUGAUGGUGUUUUGCAGUUGGCUGCAGGACUAAGUAGUGAUAGUUAUGAAAUGAUUGAACUCAUCUACAGAUCCCGAAAAUGGGACAGUCGUCUCUGCGAAUUUGCUUUGCAGACCGCAUGCAUGAAAGGGAAUGUUGAAGUCGUAAACUUCCUCAUGGAGGCAGGUACGCAACUCACUGACAACUGCUUAGUUUUAGGCGCGUAUUCUCCAAAAGCCAUUCCUCUGUAUUCUAUUUUCGCAAAGGUUGAUGAUUGCGAAUGGUCAGACGAUGCUGUGAACAAAGCAAUUGAGAUUGCAUGUGCUAAAAGAGAUUUCUUCCUCCUUGAAUGCAUUUUGAAUAUUAGAAGGACGAAGCAAACUCUGGCGAUUGCCUCUAAUUUUCCUGAAGAUUAUCGUCCAGAACAAAUUGUGCGCUUCCUUUUAGAAAAGUAUCAGUGGACGAAUGUUGAAAAACACCUGGCAUUAGCAGUUGCUUGUGAUAAGCUGAACUUGCCAAUAUUCAAAUUACUUAAGAAUAACUCCCCUUGA